GAGAAUUAGAACCAUGCGAAGCUUGUAGUUGUAUCGAAACCCAGAUGCCAAACCAAAGGCGGAGUGGAGCAGCCUCACACUCACAGAAAGGCAAAUUAUAGGUGUUCGGCUCCGCUUACUUCCGCCAUCAGAUUCCCUUCUUUUCUCUCUCUCCGGCCAUGAACAAUUUUUCCUGAGCAAAAACUAACUGAAAUUUCCACUGGCCUUUAUAUAAAUUGAAUUUUGAACUAAGAUUUCUGUUUCCUCUUUUGGAAAUGGUGUCGCUUGAGGAUUCUCACUCCAGUUCCAAUCGGUUUCCUUUGGGGAGAAGUUGCUACAGCCCAUCUUCUACCACUUCCAGUAAAAUUAGCAGGAACAUUGGGCGUUCUAUGCGCACUAUUCGCUCCAAUUUCUUUCAGGAUGAUAGUAGCUGCACUUUUAACGGUUCGGUAGCCGGAAAAUCGGGCUGCGUCUCUGAGAAUCUCACCGAUUCUGUCAUUGACCUUAGGCUUGGCGAGUUGGCAUCGCGUAGCCCUACAUGGGCCAAGCAAUCGUCUGAACAGGAAGAGGAUUUUCUUGAACUUUCUCAUGCUUUCAGUGAUUUCUCUGCUUGUAGCAGUGAUAUAUCAGGCGAGUUGCAGAGGCUUGCAAGUUUGCCGUCCAUGGCAGUUGUCCCUAGAAGAGAAGGGGAAGAUGCCGAGCCCGAGCCCUGCUUAGGGUUUCUGCAGAGGGAGAAUUUCUCCACCGAGAUUAUUGAGAGCAUUUCGCCGGAAGAUCUGCAGCCAACUGUUAAGAUCUGCAUCGACGGCCUCCAGUCGUCGUCAAUUGCAGUCAAGCGAUCUGCCGCGGCCAAGCUUAGGCUUCUGGCGAAGAACCGGUCCGACAACCGGGUACUCAUUGGGGAGUCCGGCGCCGUCCCUGCUCUAAUUCCUCUGCUUCGAUCCAGCGAUCCAUGGACGCAAGAGCAUGCUGUAACCGCACUGCUAAAUCUCUCACUCCAUGAGUCCAAUAAGGUUAUCAUCACAAAUGCUGGAGCCAUAAAAUUGCUGGUUUAUGCACUCAAAACUGGUACGGAAACUUCGAAGCAGAAUGCGGCGUGUGCUCUAAUGAGUCUGGCUUUAUUGGAGGAAAACAAGACUUCGAUUGGGGUUUGCGGGGCCAUCCCACCUCUGGUUUCUUUACUAUUGAACGGAUCGAAUAGGGGAAAAAAGGACGCGCUCACAACGCUCUACAAGCUUUGCUCGAUCAAGCCUAACAAGGAGCGGGCUGUCUCUGCCGGAGCUGUGAAGCCAUUGGUGGCGCUGGUGGUGGAGCAAGGAACGGGUCUGGCAGAGAAGGCCAUGGUGGUUCUGAGUAGCCUGGCUGGGAUUCAGGAGGGCAAGGAUUCGAUUGUGGAAGAGGGGGGAAUUGCUGCGCUCGUGGAAGCAAUCGAAGAUGGGUCGGUGAAAGGGAAAGAGUUUGCGGUAUUGACACUCUUGCAAUUGUGUGUUGAGAGUGUGAGAAAUAGAGGGUUGCUCGUAAGGGAAGGCGGAAUUCCACCUCUGGUUGCACUUUCGCAGACUGGAAGCGUUCGAGCAAAGCAUAAGGCGGAAACACUUCUGGGAUAUUUAAGAGAACCAAGACAAGAAGCAUCCUCAUCAAGUCCUUAAAAGAGAAGGCCUGAUAUGGGUUUUUUUUAGAAGGUAAUUGUAUUAUUAAGUAGUGGUAUCGUGGUUGCUGUAUAUAGGGAGUGGUUUUUUUGAUGGUUUGUACAGCGUGGUUGAGGAUGUUGGAAGAAUGAUGAUCGUAGAAUGGAGAAAUUAGUGCAGUUAGUGAAGCCAAAAACUGACAGUUAGAGAAGAAGAUGUAUGAUUUUUAACUAGGUUCUGGAAUAUCCUUUUAAUGACAUUCCGUUUUGCUAAUAGUGGAAUAUCACUUGGUUUGAUUUUCUGGGUUUGGGGAUUUGAUGAAUUCUGAUUGGGCUGUGUGUCUCUUGUUGUUUGGGUGACCCAAAUUCUGUAGAACUGAUUAUCUUGUUUUACAUAUUGGAAGUGGGAAUUGCAUAAAUUUUGUAUUUUCAGGUUAA